CUUUUGACAUCGGCGGCGGUGGCGGCGGAGUGUGCGUGCCAGUGGGAAAGGUAAGAUGGCGGCGGACGGAGAUGCGGCGAUUCCGGACCAGGAAAAAGUGCGAAUAGUCUCGGAUUUUAUAUUGCACUCGCCGCCGGGGGAGUUCAACGAGGUGUUCAACGACGUGAGGGUUCUGCUCAACAACGACAACCUGUUGAAGGAGGGCGCGUCCGGGGCCUUCGCGCAGUACAACAAGGACCAGCUCACGCCUGUUAAGAUAGAGGGAAGUGAUUAUCCAGCGCUUAUAACAGAACACAAUGACUUGGGUUCUCAGAGGUUUUACGAUGCACGGAGUAAGCAAAGUUUUAAAUAUGAUCACUUGAGGAAGGAGGCACAAGAUUAUGAAUCUUACGAACCAGAUCCUAUAGCGGAGCCUUGGAGGUCAGCCUUUCAAGAUGAGAUAACGAAUUAUACUCAAAGUCAUUAUAGACAUGGCGCCUGCUCAGUUUUUGGGAAAUCUUUUGGAGGAAACGUAACGCUAACGGCGUGCAUAGAAGAUCAUCAGUUUCAACCUAAAAAUUUCUGGAAUGGCCGUUGGCGUUCGGUGUGGACUGUAAGUUUUACUCCAAAUUCAGGAAACGCCGAAUUGAGAGGUAGCCUCAAAGUACAAGUACAUUACUACGAAGAUGGAAAUGUACAAUUGGUCAGUAGCAAAGAAGUAAAGGAAAGCCUGCCUAUCUCCAACGAGAAGCAAACGGCGAAAGAUUUGAUACGGUUUGUCGAAGAAUCCGAAAACGAUUAUCAAACGGCAAUUUCCGAGAACUAUCAAACCAUGUCCGACACCACCUUUAAAGCGCUGCGAAGACAACUGCCGGUAAUGCGAACGAAAAUCGACUGGAAUAAAAUUGUGUCGUACAGUAUUGGCAAAGAGCUUAAAAGUCAAUAGAAAUAGAUUUUUUUAUAUAUAAUAAUAAUAAUAUUAAAAGAAAUAAUUAAAAAAAGAGAAGAAAAGCGCAUUUUGCUGCAUGAGUGAAGUCUGGACGUGUGAUGUGCAUGGGAGCAAACUAUAAUACUACUAAGUAAUGUCUGAUUAGAGAGAUAUUUCGACUCAUGCAUACCACUCAAGGUUCCUCUUGACUCCAUAUUAUAUGUUAUAAGAAGCAAUAAAAAAAAGAAAAGAAGAUUAACAUUUUCGGCGUUGUCAAUUGUGUAAAAGAAAUUAAUUAAAGAUUAUAAUUUCUCUAAAUUUUUACAUACACAAGUUUGGCAUAAAGUAAUGUAACAUUAAAUGGCUUGAUAUAAACAUGCAUUAUUUCUAUAAAUAUGCUGAUUGUAAAAUAUAGGAUCAGUAUUCAACAGUGGAA